AUGAAGUCCUUGAGGAUACGACAGAUCCAGCAUGUAAGGAGUAAAAGUUCUCUCGGAUUUGUAAGCUCCAGUAAUAAGAAUAACUCAAGAACGCUUUCUCCAGGAAAUAACGCAAUAUCUUCUCCUAAGACUUUAAGAAUUGAAAUACAUAAAUUAACUACAAAACUUCCAGUAAAACCAGAGCCAAGAGGUGAGUUAGAAAUUAAAAUAACUUUGCCCGAAGUAAAUAUUCAAGCUUCACCAAAACGAGGUACUCAAAAAGAUUCAGAAACUCAAAUAAAAGAAGGAACCCAUAAUUAUAAAGAUGAGAAAAAUUCAAAAACUGCAUCCCAACUAGAAAUAAGGAAACUUAAUUUUGAUCUAAUUUACCCAAUGGAAAGGUCUAUAUCAAAUUCGUAUAUCCCUAACAUUAGGGUAGGAAAAUUUUACUUCAGAUCUAAAUCGUCGACAAAAUCGAGAGGAAAAAGCAUUAGCAAUAUACAUAUGUCUGAAAAAUCAAGGAAAAUUUCUAUAAAAAAUAAUAAAAGAAGUAAAACGUUUGCAGAGUAUGUAGCUGGAUUGCAGCAAGGCUCAACUACCUGCUUGCCUUCACAUCCUGAUACUGCAGCGAAGAAGAAUUUGAAAUAUAAGCUGAUGGAUGAAAUAGAGAGAAGCAUAUCAUCAAGCUCAAGCCAGAGAUCAUUUAUGUGGAAUUUCAAGCCUAAAUAG